AUGGCCAGUCCAUCAGAUGACGGUCUAGCAGAAGUCCCAUCAAACAUGCCAGAUUUCUCUGCCCCAGCCUUUUCUCCGCAGGCCAACGCAAGCUUCGCCUCCAACAGCUUCUCGAUAACAAGGAAAGGCAGCUGCAAACAGGCGGGAACUCUCGGUCAGCGGGUUCUCGCACAGCAGAUAGAGCUCGAAGAGAAGAUAAGACAACUCCAGGAAUUUGAUGCAGAACAUGCAGAGGAUGAGGAACUAGAUACUGACGCGCGCGAACGUUAUCGCGAACUAGCAGAAACUAUUGCUGCUUGGGACGCAGAGAACGCGCAGCUAUCUGGUGCUUUUGGCCAAAAACGUCCUCCUACACAGCAAUCAUCUCCAGCCUUACCAAUCAAUGAUCUCCCUCGAGAGGAGCCCGAGCGUUCCAAAGCUUCAGCUUCAUCUGCUGCCCAGUCUCGUCGUGCCAAAAAAUGCUGCCCAUCGAGCAGACGACGUUGGCAAGUUUCUUUCACUCUUUUCGAAUUUGCGUUCGAGAUCGGAAGUGGACUCCUCACCGAAGUGCGACGGCUCCAGAGCCUUCUCGGAGAGCGCGAUAAGGCCAUCCAAGACAUGAAGGAGGAGAAAGACGACCUCGAAAGGACCGUUGAAUCUCUACGUACCGCGCUUCGAUCGCAAGAACAGAGUUCAGACAAGUUCAAAGAAGAAAACUGGAACCUCGAAGUGACUCUUCAAGAAGUCCGUACCCAACUUUCAGACACGCAGUCGACAAUCGUGCGCCUUGAAGGCGAGCACAAGCGCAUCACGAAAGUGCUCAACAGCACACGAGAAGCAGCAGACCAACACAAGAACGAAUCACAGCGCGUCCAAACUGCAUUCGAUGAUAUGAAAGCUAAGCACGAGACAGACGUGGCACAGGCGCGUAAGCAUGCUGCGGGUCUACAGCGCGACAAAUCAGACUUGCAGUCCGCGCUUGAUACGCUGAAGGCGGAAGUAGAGAAAGCAAGCCGUCGCCUCGGUCCACGAUUCGGGAGUCCACUCACGCCUGGCGCAAACCAGGGCAAAGAGUACUCGACCCCUGCUACAGAGGAUGAUGAUGUCUUCACCUCAGCCAGCACCAACAACAGGCGAAAAAUGGACAGUUCGGCCGUGUUCCAGCCUGAUGUAUUCGAGGAUCUUGUAGACAUUUCCCCCGACCCAUUGAGGCCCUCCAGCAGCGGCUUGUCCACGCCCAGAGGCAGAUUAGCACACUCAAAGGGCAGUCUGCAUCGCGAGAAGGAGAUGCGAAUGGAGUAUAGGCGCAAACUGGAGUCUUCCUCUGGGUAUGUACAUGAUGAAAACGAGCCCCCAGAAGAUGAGACAAAUGACGAUGACGAGACUGAGACUAAGCAUCCUCGCCGGCUGACGCCAUACCGUUCUGGUGGUGGCAGAGCCAGAGGCAGAAGAGGCAGGGGGAGGUCCUCCCUUGUUACCAGGCUCGGCAUGGCAGCACAAAGGGUAACGCAGAGGGCGAGCCGGAAGAGCAAAAACCUUGACUCCUUACCUUCUACCUCCUCGAAGCGAACGAGCGUUGAGGGUAUGGACCCUAUGUUUGCCAAUGUACUCCGCAAGUCUGCGUCCUACAGCUCGCUUCCAAGUCAAUCCAGCCCGCUUCGCCAUUCCCUGCUGGCCCGCUCCUCGCCUCGCGGCACUGGGCGUGGUGGAGCCCCACAAAGACGCGCUCGUGGCGGUGCUGCUUUCCAGGAGGCCAGACCGGCGUCCCUUGUUGGGGAACCUGAGGCUUUGGCUGCAGAGCUCGGCAUUGGCAUGACGUCUGUCACUGAAGAUGUUGAAGUCAAGAUCACCACUGAAAUGGCGUGUCAGACGGACUUCGAGGACGUGACGGUGACUUCGAACGACAUGGGUGUGCAAGUCGAGCAAGCCCUUGAACCCGUGCCAGCAUCUCCUACCACUUCUGAAAUGUCGUGCCAGACUGACGAGGAGUCCUCUGUGGUGCACAUGGAAACAGCUGUGCAACACGAACCUACUUCUCCCGUUGCAGCCCGCACAAGCUUCUACCAAAUGCAGCCCUCCGAUCGCGUUUUCAUCGCACGGAGCUCGAUGAGGCGCACGACGCUCACACAGUCUGAUUUCUCUCGCUCGUUGGAGGGCGACAACACCUUACGUGGUGGCAUUCCUGGUGAAGCUAACAGCCGACGACCCAUUCCAGGUGGCUUCACCUCUGAGGAGGAGAGCGACAUCGACGUUGAUAUUGACGACGGAGCGACGGAGACUGGUAUAGAAACAGACACAGAUGUGGAUGAUUACCACGACGCGCGGGGAAGUCUUGCUACAGAAUCACGGGAGGACUUCCACUCUGUGUUGACGAUGACGGACAACGACUUUUCGGAGAGCGAUGAUGAGAGUAUCAAGGCGCUGGUAAUCUCGAGGCGGUCGUCAAUGACGUCUAUGACGCAACAUCGGGAGUUACGCCAUCGUGACACAACUACCUACGAGGAGAGGGGUGUUGGUAUGGAUAGCGUUGAAGAGCCCAAGGUCAUCGAGGUUAUCAAGGAAGUGGAGGUCAUCAGGGAGGUGGAGGUCAUCAAAGAGGUGGAAGUCAUCAAGGAAGUCGAAGUACCUGUUGAAGUCAUCAGGGAGGUGGAAGUUAUCAAGGAAGUCGAAGUACCUGUUGAAGUCAUCAGGGAGGUGGAGGUUAUCAAAGAGGUCCCGGUAGAGGUCAUCAAGGAGAUCGAGAUCAUCAAGGAGGUUCCAAUCGAAAUCAUCAAAGAAGUACCUGUGGAAGUCAUCGAGGAGGUCCAAGAACCAGUUGAAGUCUUGAAGGCAGUCGAAGUGACCAAGAAGGUUGGCGAGCCCUCCAAGCCAGAGCUAAAGGAGAUGUCCGUCCAAACGGAUAUUUUUACUGCUUCGCCCGUCAUUGCAAGCUGGCAAGACACCUCUGCGUCAUCCAUGACCCCCACUGCCACUCCCGCACCCUCCCUCCCUGCGUCCCCCGCUCUCUUCCGAGUGGGCACGACAGUACAGCAGUUCCAGUUCGUCCCUGCACCCGCCAUUGCAGCGCCCGCUUCUCCUUCCCCCUCUACUAUUCGCGACUCCAGUGUCAGUACCACAAGCUUCGGCAUCAUUCGUUCUGUUACCUCCAAUGCAGACCAUCGACGGUCGGUUGAGUCUGCAGUUUCCUCUGGCGCCGACGAUGGAAUUCGUCGUUCAAGAACUGCUUCUGUUGUACCCUCCAUUGUAGACAAGACUCGUCCCCCUAUGAUGGCCUUGCCACCACCACCUCGCCAGCCGCCUCCGCCUAGCACCAUGGCACCGCCCCCUUUCAUCCCGGACAGGAGAGUAGCUACUACGUCCUCGACAUCGGACGUGCCGCCACCUCGUCCGUCCUCCCCCCCACCUCCAGAACUCAUACAGCGUGCCACCACACCGACCUUUGGCACAAUGCUUUCCGUACACGGCAGGGGUGGUGCUUACGGUCCAAGGCAGCAUGGCUCGAGUAUGCCCCCGCCUCAAUCAAAUUUGCGGCAGCCGCCAUCCACAAGCAGUUUCCGGUCUGCUGCUAAUGCUGCGGCGUAUGCACAAAAUUCGGCUCCACCGUCUGGCUUACCAUCAUGGGGUGUACGCGAGCAGCAGAGGAGGGAGAUGUCGAGCACGUCCCUGGCGUCAGAUAGAAGCGCACUUUCACCACGGUCGUCCAUAUCUUCGGACCACAAUGUCUUCUUAAACCGCACUCCUGGCGCCAGCAUGCCCGUUACCCCUGGCAAGAAUGUCGAUCAACUUAAUGACAACAGAAAUAGUAUGUCAACAGACCCUGCAACUAUGAUCGGCGAGUUCUUGUACAAAUAUACCCGGCGCACCAUUGGCAAGGGCUAUGGAGAGAAGAGACACAAGCGGUUCUUCUGGGUGCAUCCCUCUGCUGACCCUGGAUCAUCAAACGUUUCAGAGUCGAGUGCCAAGAGCGCUUAUAUCGAAGGUGUUCGCUCUGUUUUAGAUCCCAAUCCCAUGCCUCCUGGUUUAUACCAGUACAGCGUAGUGAUAUCCACAGCCCAGAGAGAAAUGAAGAUUACCGCUCCUACCAAGGAGCGCCAUGACAUUUGGCUCAAUGCUUUGAAAUACCUGCUUGCUCGUCCCAGCCCUGUAAUGACGCCCUCAACCAGUCAGAAUGAAAAUGUGGCCCCCAUGAGUCCCAUGUCUCAAAGCGCAGAGCUCACAGACGAUGACCACCGUCAUUUGACUGAUACAAGCCCCAAAAGUCAACGAAGUGGCCGAAGCAGCCGGAAUGGUGGCGCUUUCAGCACCACGCCGCGGGGCAGCCGGAGUAGAUCACAAAUCUCUAUGCGAGGGUCUGUAGGCAAAAGGUCUGGAACGCCAGCCGCAGAAUACCUCCGAUGGGCAGCGCCCGAGAGCCCGUACAGCCCCGCAAGGUCCUUCGAACGAGUUAUGGGUCACAGCCAAGACGACGACGACCUUGAGUUUGAACUCCAUGGCCAAUCCCAGUCAGACGACGGGUUCGAGGGCUUGGAAAAUGUGCGCGCCUGUUGUGAUGGACGUCAUACUGUCGGUCAUUCUGGUCAUCAUCACCAUCACUCCCACAAUGGUGACCACCUUGAAGUUAACACUCCUGCACGGCCGGUGUCUCCUGCGUGGUCGCUUCGAUCGCGAACGGGGAGUGCACACUCUCAUGAUACAGGCGGGGACGAUGGGAAGCUUCGCUUUGGCUCUCGACGAUCUACAAAGACUGUACCUAACGCUACUGGUGAUCGGUAG